AUGUUCACGAAAGCAUUCUUCUCAGCGGCAGUUGCCUGUGGCCUGCUCGCUUCGUCUGUCAACGCACAUAUGAUGAUCAAGUCUCCCGUUCCCUACGGCAAGGAUUCUCUCAACAACAGCCCCCUCGCGGCCGACGGCUCGGACUUCCCCUGCAAGCAGCGAUCUGGUGUCUACGAUGUGACCCAGAUGAACAACAUGCCGGUUGGUGUGCCCCAAGAGCUAUCCUUCAUUGGAGGUGCAACCCACGGCGGCGGUUCUUGCCAGGUCUCUGUCACCAUGGACAAAGAGCCAACCAAGCAGAGCAAGUGGAAGGUCGUCCAGUCCAUCCUUGGUGGCUGCCCAUCCAACGUGACUGGAAAUCUCUCUGGUAACCCCGACGGCACCGACGCAUCUGUCUUCCAGUUCUCAAUCCCCAAAGGCAUGCCCAACGGCGAAUACAGCCUCGCCUGGACCUGGUUCAACAAGAUCGGCAACCGCGAGAUGUACAUGAACUGCGCGCCGAUCAAAGUUACCGGAGGCUCCGACAGCCAAGACGUCUACAACUCCCUGCCCGACAUGUUCGUCGCCAACAUCGGCAAUGGCUGCACUGUCGGCGAGAGUCAAGACUUUGUCUUCCCACAAUGCGGCAAGUACGUCGAGACCGCUGAGAAGACCGCUCUCGGCAGCUCCACAAGCGGUACCUGUGCGACUGAAGCCGCUGGCGGCGGUUCUGGCUCUGAGGCAUCCCCUACCGCAAGCUCCGGCUCUGACUCAGGCGCUGGCUCUUCAAGUGGCUACGGCUCAAGCAGUGCAGCCGCCGCUCCAACCGGCUACGGUGCUGGCUCUGGCUCUGGCGCCGCACAGACAAGCGCUGCCCAAUCCGCUCCAGCAUACGCUGCUCCAUCCGAAGCAGCCUCUGCACCUGGUGAGUCGGCUCAAAGCACAAAAGCCCAGAUCGCAACAAUAACAACCAUGGCAACAGUGACCGCAAGCGGAUACGCACCCGCAGGAGCUGCGGCACCGACCGGCGCUGCGGCGGCUUCUGCGCCAUCCUACGGCACCAGUGGCUCCUCGGGCGUCGAAUCGUCUGGCUCUGACGCCUCGAACGGUACUUCGUCUUCGGGCAGCUGCGAGGGAGGCGCCGUCUCUUGCGACAGCGACGGCAGCGUCGUCUGCAUUGGCAGCAGCCAGUGGGGCAUGUGCAAUGCUGGCUGCGCGGUGCCGAUGGCCCUCGCUACGGGGACUACCUGCUCUGGUGGUGUCAUUGCCAAGCGCGAGAUGAUCAACCAUCUUCGUCGUCACAUUGCACACGCACACAAGUUCUGA